CCGACCAAUUCAGACCAUGCAAAUAACAUCCGUUUGCAGCCGAGUCACGUCCAUUUAACUUCACACAGCGUUCUAAUUUUAGUCGCUGAUGUUGCUUUGUGCGCUGAUAAGCAUAAAGCUUACGUUUUUUAAAUCAAACUACAUCUUGUGUAUCUAAAAAUAUUGGUGAUUUUGUUUAAGUGUAGAUCAUUGUUCGACUCGAUUACGCUAAUAUUUAUCCUUACACUCGGCCAGUGCUCAUAAAAAAGUGUUUACCUAAUUACUGGAUUUAUUGAUUGGCACAGCUUAAUUAGCUGAAUCGCCUUCAAAACAAAACAAAUGGAGAUAGACACAAAUAUUAACAAUGACUGGAAGAAUAUAUUGGAAGGUGAGUUUUCUAAAGAUUAUUUUAAAGAUUUGCAAAAAUUCUUGGACGAGGAAUACGCGAAUCAUGAAAUCAACCCAAAAAGGGAUCAAGUAUUCGAAGCACUUAAUCUCACGCCUUUUGAAGAAGUAAAAGUUGUGAUUGUUGGCCAAGAUCCAUAUCCUGGCAAGAACCAAGCCAACGGACUGGCUUUCUCAGUUCCACUCGGAGCUCAGGUUCCGCCUUCCUUGGAUAACAUUUAUAAAUUACUUCAAAGUGACUUAGGCUACGCUCCGGUCCUUCAUGGAUGCUUAAAAAGUUGGGCUACACAGGGAGUACUUUUGCUUAAUUCAAUUCUAACUGUUCGCCAAGGAGAGACCCUGUCACAUAAAGAGAAGGGCUGGGAAACAUUCACUGAUGCAAUUAUCGAAAAACUAAAUAAACGAAACGGUACAGUUGUUUUCAUUGUAUGGUCCGAUGUGGCUAAAAAGAAACUUAUAACUUCGAAAAAUCAUCUCAUUUUAACUGAUUCUCAUCCAACUGUAAUCUAUGACGAGAUUAAGACGGAUUUUUUUGGAUCUAGACCAUUUUCUAGAGCCAAUACAUGGCUGAUGAAUCAUGGAAAGACACCUAUUGACUGGAAAUUGUCAUACGUAACCAAUGAUUGGCAGUAUGUAUUGAAAGAUGAGUUCUCCAAAGACUAUUUUAAAAAAGAUUUGCAAGAAUUCUUAGACGAACAAUACGCUCACCAUAUAAUCUACCCGGAAAGGAGGUUAAUAUUUCAAGCACUUGAACUGACGCCGUUUGAAAACGUAAAAGUUGUGAUAGUCGGACAAGAUCCCGGUAAAGUCGAAGGCUUCGGAGUGGCGUUUUCCGUCCCUUACGGAGCUGAGAUUCCGAAUUCGACAAAGCUGCAAGCAAAGCAAAAUGAUUUAGGCUACACUCCCGUCUCACAUGGAUGUUUAGACAGUUGGGGAAGGCAAGGAGUCCUGUUGCUUAAUUCAAUUCUAACUCUACGACAAAGAAAGCCAAAGUCCCACAAAGAUAAAGGUUGGGAAACUUUUACUGAUGCUAUAAUCAAAAAACUAAAUGAACGAGAAAAGCCAGUUGGUUUUCUGUUAUGGGGACGUAUUGCUGAAAAAAAAUUUAAACAUAUAAAUUCAGACAAGCAUUUCGUCCUUGUUACAUCUCACCCAAUCGCAAGCGAAUACCAAAAGAAUCAGACAGAUUUUCGCGGUUCUAAACCAUUUUCUAAAAUUAAUUAUUGGCUGAUCACAAAAGGAUUACAAGCUAUUGAUUGGCGAUUGCCUCAGGGUGAAUAUGAUGAAGUAGAUGCUAUAGGGGAGAGAGUAGAAUCGAUCGGGAUGUAAACAUUCAGUUAUCAAAACUAAAUAGUACUGCGCUAUUAGGUAGUGGCACACUAAUUUUAUAGAUGUAAAUAACUAGUUGAACAAAAUUGUGAAUUUUUCAAAACCGACUUAACCGAUUUUGAUGCCUCACAUACUUAAAAAUUCUAUUGAAUAAAUUUUAAAGGUAUGUAGGAACAUACCUUUUAAAUUUCAUCAAAAUUAGACCAAUGUUUCGAAAGUUAUCGCGUAACAAAUAUACAUACAAAAAAUGUAGGUAUUUUUGUCCCAAGUUAGACCGCGCUCGCUUCGCUCACUCGGUCAAAUAUUCGUUAUUAGAUGUGACUAACAUAAAUAAAUAAAUAAAUAUAUUAGGACAAAUCACACAGAUUGAGCUAGCCCCAAAGUAAGUUUGAGACUUGUGUUAUGGAAUACUAACUCAAUCAUAUUAUAUUUUAUAACAAAUACAUAUAUAGAUAAACAUCCAAGACCCGGGCCAAUCAGAAAAAGAUCAUUUCCCAGGUUCAGUGGCAAGAACUUUACCACUGCGCCACCGAGGUCGUCAUAUCCUAACUGAUGUUAUAAAUGCGAAACGCUCUAUAUACUUACUCAAUCUUCUUAAAAUUUUACAUAGAUUCAGAAGCGAAUUGUUUUUGUGUAUAGGUAUUCAAUUUGACUGUAUGUAUCUAAAAUACAAUGAAUUUAUGUAAAAUGAUGAGCAGUUGGUUGUGUACAAAGAAACAGUGCAUAGGGAAAGGUUUAUUUGAAAAGUAUUUAUCACAACUUAAUUUUUCUAUAGGUUAUAAACCAAAGAUUUACCUACUUAUAUCACAUAGAUUUCCUAUAUCUAUUAAAAUUGUUAGAUUAGACAAUGCUGCCAGCCUUCACGUUACCUCAAAGCAACAAAUUGCCGGGGCUGGCAUUUUUUAAAUGUUUAAUUUGUAAAUUUUUAUUUUAACUAAAUUAAACUACCUAUACUUUAAUUUACUUAGUUUCAUUUAUUCAGUUAAAUUAUUAUUAGUAUAUAAGUAUGUAUUACCAUACUAAUAUUAUAAACGCGAUAGUUUGUGAAGGUGUAUUUGUGUUACUCUUAUGUUACUAGCUGAUGCCCGCAACUUCGUUCGCGUGGCCGAAAAAUUUUGGGUAAGGAGUCAAAAUUAUUAGAGAAAUUUAAUUGUACAGACAAAUGUCACGAUACCUAUACAUACAGGAGAUGCUAAUCAGACUGAAAAAGUAUAUUUUCUAUAGUUUAGCUGAACUAUGAUGACCCUUCUUCAGGUGUUCCAGAUCUUCGAAUUUUAUACCUCAACAGAAAACGCUCAUCAGACUGAACAACUUUUAUUAGAGCGUCAUUUCUGUUUCCUAUAGUGUGGCUGUACCAUCAUAGGUCUACAUCAGGUGUUCCAGAUCUUCGAUUUUUAUACCUCUACAGAAAAUGCUCAUCAGACUGAACAAUUUUUGUUAAGACAAAAAUUGACAAUCAUAUAUUUAUUUGGAAACGUUACGUAUUGUCACAUAAAAAGCAAAUAUAAAUAAAUAUAGAAAGCAAACACUUUGGUCAAAUGAACGUCAAUAGUUAGGUAUUUAAAAUCUUUAGUUAGAUAUUUAAAAUCUUUAAAAAAGCCUACAAGUUUCGCUUUAAUGGCAUAAUCAUUACCUAUAUGCACACUGAAUUUCAUCAAACUCGAGUUAGCUGUGAAAGCAUGACAAACAAACAGACAUUCGCAUUUACAAUACUCCUAAGCAUUUUAAGCUUUCUUCUUCUUUCGAGUGUUGUUGUUAAAACGAGUGUCAGAUUUUAUUCAUGUCGCCUAAAGGCACUGACAUAACUUCGGUUGCAACUGUGACAAGUAGUAAACACUAGUGAACUAAAAUGUCCACCUGUGCAGGUUUCCGUACGUUGUUAUACAUGAUAUGAGUCAGACAAACGAGUCACUAGGAUUACGAUUUCAACCGUCUACGCCCGCUCAUUCGGAACGUCAUCGCAAAAUUUUCAUAUCGUUUGUAGUCUUGACCGCUCAUGUGGCACGAGUUGGAUUCGAACCUAGGACCCAUCGAUCACAUGCGGACGGUCUAAACCACUAGUGUUAGCCACACACUCGAUUUGAAUAAUUAAGGAUUAAAUAAAACACGUUUCAAGCUAAUAGUCAUUUUAAUCAAGAAUAUUUUUAGAGCAAAGGACACGCCCCCCUCGCUAGUCUAAAGUAAUUUGUCACGAGGUAUUUAACAUCACUACUCAAUUGAAUCUCUAAAUCUAUCGCAAUAUUGAUUGUUAUGAAAUCCAAAGUACAAUAAAAUUUACUGAUAUCACAUUACGUAACAGUUUUCAAAUAUCACAAGAUAUAUUUUUUUAAAUAAGCAAACACAGCACAUAACCCAUCGUUUCGAAGAAAAAACAAAGAUAAACUUUAUUUAAUACAUCACAUUGUUUGAAUCGGUGAAGGACACCUGCACCCUUGUAGAUUUGUUAAUAUAGUCGUUAAAUUCAUGGGAUGCCUUCAGGCGAAUAAAGUCCAAAAUUAUUAUUAGCAAUAAACAAGGUUUUUUUUAUGACAUCAUUAAUUUUAGCUCUGAUUCCACUAUAGUGUGAAUUUAAAGUGUAAGUACCUCGCUCGAAGCGCAACAGUUUUGAAAUGAAUCUACCUAUAGCAAGUAAAAGAUGCGCGGUACAAGUUUGUUAGACAAAUUAAAAAACCCCCCGACUUUCAAUAUUCAUUUCGCUACAACUUUUGAAUGGCUGAACCGAUUUUGAUCAAACGUCUAAAAACUACCGCAUAAAAAAUUGCUACCAAAUAAAAAAACCGCAUCCUAAUCGGUUCACCCGGAUCAUUCUCACUAGUUCCACUGGCAAAUAGUUCCAUGGAUCAAGUGAGAAUAUUUUUUCUCAGUAGUUCCAUUGACUUUGAAGCGUCAAUUGGAACCAUUGAUGAGCUACGGUGCCAUACGUACCCAGACAGGCGGACACUUAGCGGUCAAACUCCCCUCUUCUUGCGUCGGGGGUUAAAAAUAAAGAUGCGCAUCAUUAGGUGCUCUUCAAAACGGUUGCGCUUCGAGGAAUAUGUCUGAAUUUGAAAUUCGAUCUCUUCGAUCGUCGAAACUUUUCGCAGUGAGUUACCACACCGAAAUAAUGAAAGAAAAUGAGUCUCUACGUCUCUAUGAUUCUCAGUGCAUAGAUUUUUUAUAUAGCAUAGCUAUCGUGCUCAUAAUACUUUAAAUUUUAAAUGGAUGAAUUAAAUAUUUUAACAUGUCUAUUCUUAAUAAAUAUUCAACUAUAUCAAAUAUUUUAUACCAGAUUUAUCAGUACGCGAUAUGAAUGAUCAAAUACUCAGUUUAUGCCAAAAUACAUAUUUUUCCAUGUAUAAUAACAAAAGUAUUAUUAAAUCUCGUGCUUAAAUUCCCGUGUUCCAUUAGGGAUUGUGGGUUAUGCUUAUAUGUACAGAUGUCAAAAAUAAAACAAAAAUAAUAAUAUAUUCUAAAAUAUUAUUUUCACUAAAGUGCUACAAGAGCAAUAGACAAACAUACCCGUUUCACAAUGAUCACUUUAAUGUAAUCGAUUUAUGAAGAAUAAAAUAAUAAUAAAAACAUAUAAACAACACAGAUUAAAUUAAUAUCAUACUAGUUUUUAUAUUACUAGCUAGGGUAAACUUCACAAGAUACCAACUCAGAAUAUUUCCAUCAUAUCUGUACCUAUAGGACAACUAACAAACAAACAAACACUGUAGUUGUGUCAUAUUUGAUGUUGUAUAAUCCUUAUAUAUUAUAAAAAUCCUCUACCGCGUCUGUCUUUUUGCGAUAAACUCCAAAACGACGACACGGAUUUUCAUGCGGUUUUCAAAAUGAUAGAAUGAUUCCUGAGGAAUUAUUAGGUGUAUAUUUUGUUAUGUUUUUACCCGAGCGAAGCCGGGGCGGGCCGUUAUUGAUUUAUAUAUGAAAAAACUUUACUGAAAAUGGUACUUAUCAUUGACGUUUAAGCAGUUAAGUUUUUUUUUUUUGUUACAAUACUAGACAGCGGCGAUAAGCUGGUCUCAUUAGUCACAUAUUUGCUAUGGUUUCUAUUUGGCAAGAACAUAAUACAUAGCUUAGAACUAAAAACCGUCUUAUUCAUAAAAGUUAUCGAACACUAAACUUAUCUUUUUAAACAUUUUGUGUCUUUUCAAUUUCGUAUAUCGGAAAGAGAGAUCGGGAAAAACCAUCCAAAUCGGAAACAAAAGGAUUUGAAAAAAAAAAAAAACUUUAACUUUUUGUUAAAA